ACGUUUGACUCAAAUGAUGACCCGUAGCGUCAAACUGGCGGAAGUUCUCUGGGACAAGCAUGGCGGGUGAAGUGUCAGAAAGCGAACGAGUGUAACGUUAUUAUGUGGAUAGAAGCAGGACAAAAUAUUUAUUAAAAUCUCUCUCGUACGGCGCAAAUUAAAUAUAGACAUGCCGAGAUUUGCACAACUCGUGAUGGGCCCUGCUGGCAGUGGAAAGAGCACAUACUGUGCCACCAUUGUCCAGCAUUGUGAGGCCAUCAACCGGUCAGUACAGGUGGUGAACCUGGAUCCAGCAGCAGAGUAUUUCUCCUAUCCUGUCAUGGCAGAUAUCAGAGAGCUGAUUCAGGUGGAUGAUGUGAUGGAGGAUGACUCUCUAAGGUUCGGCCCGAACGGAGGGCUUGUUUUCUGCAUGGAGUAUUUAGCUAACAACUUCAGCUGGCUGGAGGAAUGCCUGGGACAUGUUGAGGAUGACUACGUACUGUUUGACUGUCCAGGUCAGAUCGAGCUCUACACUCACCUGCCAGUGAUGAAGCAGAUUGUGGAGCAGCUCCAGCAAUGGGAGUUCAGAGUCUGUGGAGUGUUUCUCGUUGAUUCUCAGUUCAUGGUGGAGUCCUUUAAGUUCAUCUCAGGUAUCAUGGCAGCGUUGAGUGCAAUGGUGUCCCUGGAAAUCCCGCAGGUCAACAUCAUGACCAAGAUGGACUUGCUCAGCAAGAAAGCCAAGAGGGAGAUUGAAAAAUAUUUAGACCCGGAUAUGUACUCUUUACUUGAAGAUAAUAGCACUACACUGAGAAGCGAAAAGUUUAAGAAACUAACCAAAGCCAUCUGUGGUUUGAUUGAUGACUACAGCAUGGUUCGUUUCUUGAUGUUUGACCGCACAGACGAAGAGGGUAUUAACAUAGUCCUGCAGCACAUUGACUUUGCCAUCCAGUACGGCGAGGAUCUGGAGUUCAAAGAGCCCAAGGUGGUGGAAGAGGAGCCCAAUGAUGCAAACUAUGAUGCAUUUUUCCAAGACAAAGUGUGCGAAUGAAGCAGAAGAAAUGCUGAAUGAAAAUCAGCGACCUCCUCCUAGGUCUUGACAGUAUAUUAUUUAUAAAAGAAGCAUCAAAAUCUUCAUAAAGAUCCUCUCCACUGUCUGGUCAUACUUGUUUCUUCUAAUAGAAUAAUUGGUUGUGAGCGAUGUGACAUAAUCUUCUUUUGGAUCUUGAACAAUAUGGAUGUUGCAAAAGUAAAAAAGGUUAACAGAAAUUGGUCUGCAAAUGUUAAGGAGUGCAGCCUAAAAAUAAAUGCUGUCUAAAUAUUUUCAUUUAGUAACCUUGGUCAAUGAGGGCUGUACAGUUUGUUUAUUCAGGGAAAACGUUACCAGCCAUUGUUGGCCCGCGAGAAAGCAACGAAAGAUAGAUUGCAGAGCCGAGCUGAGUACCAGCCGAAAAGUUAUUGUACUGAAUAAUAUGAGCCUGAUUUUGGAUUCGAUAUAAUCUAAAGACAGCAUGCUCCUUUACUUCAUUAAUCAAAGGGUUAUUUAUUACUGAAAUAAUUAACAUCACUGCAGUUUAAAACUCAAAUAUUACUCAACCACAGUCAAGAAGGUUUAUUUUUGUAUAUUUGUCAAUGUAUGUGAAUGUGUUGUAUAAAGAAACAUUGUGAUCUCUGA